AGGAGGGGAGAGCGAGGAGGGCUCUCUGUGUGUGUGUGGGGGUAGGGAGAGCUCUGAACGCAGAGAGACUGCGGCGAGCGAGACACUGAGAGAGAGAGAGCCGGAGAGAAACUCUCUCCGAUUCGGCUCAACGCAACUCCGUGCACCACGCGAGCCAGCAGCUCAAUUCAGUUCAACCACGACCACCUCGACACCGCUCAUCGCGACCGAAUCUCGACGCCGUGCAACUCGACUCGACUCCGUGCAACGGGACGCAAUUUGGACCUCAACUGAACGCAGCUCUGCGCGUCUGAAACCGGACUCAAUGCGACUCGACUCAACGCAACUCUAAGCAACCUGACGCAACUAGGUAUCGUUUAAUGAGACUCCCCCCCCACCUCUCACUCCUCCUCAACUGGAAGCCACGGAACUCUGUCCAACCGCAACCAAAACUCGACUUUGACUCUCGACUCGACGCGAUGCGACUCGCUUGAGAUCGCCUUUCGCGGCCGCGCGCGACCGACGCGGCUACAUGGAGUUACCCAGACGCGCCAUCGCCACCAUCAUCAUCAUCGCCGCCACCACCAUCACCACCUCCAUCAUCAUCACCGCCGCCGCCACCACCACCGUCAUCCCGAGCGCAACUAUCGACUCGGUGUUCCCCGAUAAUGAACAAGGUCGCUUUGUCCGCAGCCAGGACCCGGGCUUCCAGGUGACGGUCCCCGUGAGACUGGCGUCUCGGGCCAAGAGGGACACGGGGCCGCGGGGGCCCCCACUGCGCUACCUGCUCAGCCACCACGGGAAACGCGUGCAUCUCAACCUGAGGCCCAACCAGGCCCUUCUCGCGCCGGGAUUCGUGCUGGAGAUUCGGAGAGGAGGGAGGUCUCAGAUCCGCGUGGGAGCUGCCCCCGGUCUCCCGGGAUCACCGCGAGGGAGCGAAGGUGGACGCGGAGACACGGAAGGGGACACAGAGAGGGACACGGGAGACGCGGAGGACACGGCUGGGACGGUGGAGACAGGAGGAGGAGGAUGCCACUACCUGGGAUGGAUCUCAGAGGGGAAGAGACACACUGGGACAGCUGCCGUGAGCUCGUGUGGAGACGGGCUGACAGGUCUCCUGAGACUGCCUGCGGGCGACUACUUCAUUGAGCCGGUGAGACGGGCGCGGAGGAGCCACGGGGAGGGGAGGGAGACCCCCAGCGAGGGGGGAGCGGGGCUUCCGCACCCCGGGGCGCACGUCAUUUACAAGCGCGGUGGGGGGCACGGGAGCCCCCCAAACUCGGGGAGGAAUGGCACGGUCCCACCGGCAUGCGGAGUUCAUGACUCGCCGCGGGCCGCCUCGCGCACGGAGAGGAGACGCGAGCGCUGGCAGCAGGGGUGGAGGCAGCGCUCCCUGCUCCGCGCUGCUGCUGCUGCUGGUGGCGGCCCAAGACGCCGCGUGGGCCCGCGCUCCGUCAGCAAGGAGCGCUGGGUGGAGACGAUGGUGGUCGCCGACGGCAAGAUGGUGGAGCAUCACGGCGAGGAGAACAUCGAGGCCUACGUCCUCACCGUCGUCAACAUGGUGGCCGGCUUGUUCCGGGACGCGAGCAUCGGCAACCCCAUCAACGUCGUCCUCGUGAGGAUGGUGCUGCUGACGGGCCAAGAGGAAGAGCUGAAGGUGGUGCACCACGCGGACCUCACGCUGCACAGCUUCUGCAAGUGGCAGAGGAGCGUGAACCCCAAGGGAGAGGCCCACCACGCUCACCACGACGCGGCCGUGCUGCUCACCAGAAAGGACCUGUGUGCGGGUAUGAACCGGCCGUGCGAGACUUUGGGGCUGUCCCACAUGGCCGGCAUGUGUCAGCCACACCGCAGCUGCAACAUCAACGAGGACACGGGCCUUCCGCUGGCCUUCACCAUGGCCCAUGAGCUCGGACACAGCUUUGGCAUCCAGCACGACGGGCAGGGCAACGCGUGCGAGGCGCGGGGCAAGCGCCCGUCCAUCAUGUCUCCGCAGCUGACGUACAGCUCGCGGCCGCUCUCCUGGUCCUCGUGCAGCCGCGACUACGUGACGCGCUUCCUCGACCGGGGCUGGGGGUUCUGCCUGGACGACCCCCCCUCCCCUCGGCCCGAGCCCCUCGUCGUCCCCACGGCACCCCCUGGAGCCCUCUACGAUGCCCCCCACCAGUGCCGGCUGCAGUACGGGGAGGCAUCACGACACUGCCGGGGCAUGGACAACGUGUGCCACACGCUGUGGUGCACCGUCGGCGACACGUGCCACUCCAAGCUCGAUGCUGCGGCCGACGGGACUCGCUGUGACCACGGCAAGUGGUGCUAUUACGGAGAGUGCGUCUCCACCGACUGGCGCCCGGAGAGGAUUCCGGGGGGUUGGGGGUCGUGGGGGGCCUGGACCCCCUGCACGCGCUCGUGUGGGGGCGGGGUGGAGUCUGCAGAGAGGCUCUGUGACAGCCCCACGCCCCGUGGAGGCGGCCGCUAUUGCACGGGCGAGCGGCGCCGCUACCGCCUGUGUCACACGGCCGCCUGCCCCGCGGCAACGACGAUGAAGGCGGCGAACAAGACGUCGUCGUCGGCAUCGUCGGCAGGGCCGGGCCGCGCCGCGGGCGGCACGCCGCCGUCGUUCCGCGCGCUGCAGUGCAGCCGCUUCGACAAAGUCCCCUACAAGGGGCGCCUCCACUCCUGGAUCCCCGUCAUCAGCCCCAUGAACCCGUGCGAGCUGCACUGCCAGCCGGUAGGCGAGCACUUCACGGAGAAGCUGCUGGACGCCGCGGUGGAUGGAACGCCGUGCGCGGACAACCCAAACGCCCGAGACAUCUGCAUCAACGGCAUCUGCAAGCACGUUGGCUGCGACCUGCGGAUUGACUCGCUGGCAGUGGAGGACCGCUGUGGAGUGUGCAUGGGCGAUGGCUCCACGUGCCGCACUGUCAAGAAAACCUUCAACGACAGCGAGGGGCUCGGCUACGUGGACAUCGACCGCAUCCCGGCGGGCGCGCGGGACAUCGUUGUGGAGGAGGUGGAGGAGGCCGGAAACUUCCUGGCGCUGCGCAGCGACGCGGAGCCGGCUCGCUACUUCCUCAACGGCGGCUGGGUGAUCCAGUGGCGCGGAGACUAUGCGGCGGGAGGAGCCACCUUCACCUACUGGCGGCGCAGGAACCUGGAGAACCUCACGGCCGCAGGGCCCACGCGCGAGCCCGUUUGGAUACAGCUCCUGUUCCAGGAGUCGAACCCAGGCAUCCGCUACGAGUACACGGUCCACCAGCCUCCGCACGGCGAGGGGGCGAGGCGGCCGCGGGAGUUUGCUUGGCGCUACGGGCCCUGGGGUAGCUGCACCGCGCCCUGCGGCAGAGGGGUGCAGAGGCAGGAGGUGCACUGCACGGAGCGCACGGCGGGGCCCGUGGAGGAGCGGCUCUGCGACGACGUCCCCCGGCCCGACGACCGUCAGAGAGCCUGCAACGAGCACGAGUGCCCCGCUCGGUGGUGGGUGGGCGAGUGGCAGGGCUGCCCGUCGCCGUCGUGCGGACCGCGCCCCACCGCCGGCGCGUCCUCGGAGGAGACGGAGGAGGAGGAGCGGCGCUCCGUGCUGUGCGUGCGCGGCGUCGGGGCCGACGAGCACCGCGCGCUGCCCACGUCCCAGUGCGAGGGGCUCCCCCGCCCCCCCCACGCGCGGCCCUGCCCGGGGCCGCCGCCGUGCCCCACCCGCGGGGACGCUCCCGCUGGAGACCCGCGCGGCGCGUGGCUCGUGGGCGCCUGGUCUCCGUGUUCGGCGACGUGCGGGGCCGGCGUGAGGUCACGUGACGUCCGCUGUGAACGCCGGAGCGGAGACGACGUCUGCAACGAGGCCGAUCGGCCCGCCGAGUGGCAGCGCUGCGACUGGAGGGCCUGCACCGAGCUGCCCCCAACCACCGGGCCCGCCGCCAACGGGACGGGCGGCAAGCACCACGGCGGUCCUCCCCAAGACGACGGCGGAGAUGAUGACGACGACGAUGACGACCGUGGAGAUGACGACGGCGAGAUCGGCCGUCGUGAAGAUGAUGAUGGCCGUGAUGAAGAUGAUGGUGUAGGCACAGAAUCUGAUGAUGGUGAACAUCAUGGAGGCAAUGAGAUUGAUGACAAUGAUGGUGCCGAUGAAGACUCUGACGAGGAUCAUGGUGAAGACAAUGGAAGCGUUGAGGAUGAUCGUCAUGAAGACGAUGGUGAUGACGACGAUGAAGAUAACCAAGACAAUGAAAAUGACCGUGAUGAUGAAGAUAACCAUGGUGAAGAUGAUAAUGAUGAUGGCGGUCAUGAAGAUAAUCACCAUGGAGACCAUGAUCGCAAUGCCAAUGAACAUCAUGAAGACGAUGACCACGAUGAUGAUGAUGAUGACGAUGGUGAUGACCGUCAAGAUGAGGACAACGAACGCCAUGACACUGUCCACCGUGAAGACGACGACGACGAUGAGGAAGAUGUUGACCCAGACCGUGACGGAGGCGUCACCCCAGACGAACGCGACCACCACCAACGUGAAGAAACAGACGGCCGUGGCGACGAAGAUGGCGAACGCAACGGCAUCGACGGUGGACUCGCGGUCGACGACGAUGACGACGACAACAAUGAUGUGGACGCUGAGCGCGACGUGGAAGAUCAAGGAGGCGAGGUCCACGUGGACAGCAACGCCAUCUUCAUUCCAAACGACAUCAAGCGGCUCAACCAAAACUUGCGCGGAUCCUCCUCCUCCUCUUCCUCAUCGCCGUCGUCCUCCGUGUCGCAAAGUGACGACGUGAGCGAGCGAGCAGAGCGGCAUGACCCACCGGGUGAGCCACGUGGUCGACCUCCAACCUCCGCCACCUCCUCGUCCCCAUCUGACGGGAGCGCUAACGCUAAGAAGAAGAACCUCAUUGAUAUCUACUACUACGACUACAACUUCAUCAGCUUCCACGAGGACCUCCUCUAUGACCUGGACGAGGCUGGGACGGGCGUGACUCGUGACGGCCAACCCCAGCAGCCUGCCGACCAAACCACCGCCGCCGCCACCACCACCGCCACCACGGCCACCACGGCCACCAUCGUCACCGCCACCAGCUCAGCUUCACUUCCACCACCACCGCCGCACCAACACCGCCACCCCGAAACGGCGAGAGGGUACGGCGAUCGCGCGACCACGACGGCCGGGCGGCAACCUGACCGCGACGGGCGGCGGCCCGUGGGGGACACCGUGUCGGACAACCGAGCGUCCAGCACGGCGAGUUCCCCGACUUUCACCGGAGCCACCGGACUGGCGUCGGGCGUCGCGGUCGAGCCAGGUGGCGGGGAAGCCAUCGGCGACGCUGCUGCUGGAGAUGGAUCCUCGGAACGAGAGACGCCGGGAGAAGGCCGAUGGGACGGCGGCGCCGGCGGCGGCCGCACGCUCGCGCCAACCGGCACAAAGUCGCCGAUGCCAAUCCACGAUUUUGCCGACAAAGUUCCACGGGCCGGCGAUGGCUUCGGUGGGAGCGCGGGUUCACUCGGCGGCCCCGGAGCCGGGCCCACGGCCGUGGGGGUCGUCCCGCCGGUGGACGCCGCUGCCGCCACCGUCGCCACCGCGGCCACGUCGGCACACGGGGCGAGAAUCCGACCCGAGCUUCCAACGUCGUUGUCACCGCCGUCGUCAUCUUCACCGUCGUCGUCGCUGCCGUCGUCAUCUGCACCGUCAUCGUCGUCGCUGCCGUCGUCGCCGGUGGCGUUUCCUGAGCGCGCGGGGGAGACGUCGCGGCGAGCGGAGGGGACGAGGCCACCGGAGGCCUCGUGGAGGGUGACGCCGUGGAGCGAGUGCACGGCCACGUGCGGGCUGGGCGUCGCACGCCGGAGCGUGUGGUGUGCAUCGAGGUCUCGGUCGGGGUCGGCUCACUGCGACUUCACCCAGAGGCCGCCCCCGGCGCGGCGCUGCUCCGUGCGGCCGUGCGUCGCCUGGCACGCCGGGAACUGGAGCGAGUGUUCCCGCCGUGGCUGCGGGCUACCACGUGAGCGAUCGCGGGCCGUGCUGUGCGUGGACGCCCGCAGCCGUCGCUCCGUGCGGCCCCAGCUCUGCUUGGCGCUGGGCGGGCCCCGCCUCGCCACCACGGAGGGCGAGGGCUGCCCCCCGCUGCCCUGCCUGCCCUGGGCAACAUCGGCAUGGGGGCCGUGCUCGCGGACGUGUGCAGGGGGGGUGCAGCGUCGCCGCGUCUCGUGCCCCCAUGCCGACCGCUGUGACCUCCGUGCCACCCCCAACGCCACGCAGGCCUGCAAUACCCAGCCGUGCGUCACCUGGUCCACGGGUCCAUGGGACAAGUGCUCGGUGAGCUGCGGCGUGGGAGUUCAGAGCCGUCCGGUCAGCUGUGGUCACGCGGAGGAGGAGGAGGAGGACGAGGAGAGGAGGGCGCAGGGGGGGCGGCGUGCGUGGCCGUGCGAGGGUCAUGCCCGGCCGCAGUCCGAGCGGCGCUGCGUCGCGCACGCGUGCUCGCAGCCUGGCACGUGGACCGGCCCCCAAGCGGGACGCGGCUGCGUGCGUGAGCGCCUCUCGGCCCCGCUGUGCCGCACCCUGCGGGCGCUGGGCCGCUGCUCCCUGACGUCCGUCGCUGCGCAGUGCUGCCGGUCGUGCGCCGUGGACGGGCGGGGAGGGGAGCGAGGGGAGACGAGGGGGGCCGGCGGAGCGAGCUAA